GAUGGAUCGGAGUAAUACAAUUAAUUCAUUUAAUCAUUUCAUAUCAUAGAUCUCUAUAAUAUUCUCUUAUCUUUUUCUUUAUUUUUCCACCGGUCCCUGAAGUACCCACUGGAAUCACUAAAAAGAUAUUCUGAAACCUGUCAGACCCAUACACAUCUGAACUAUUAUAUAAGUCUGUUGUUAUUACGAGGUUGUUGAAUUGCGAAACAUGAAGACGACGAUGAGGAAAUGUUGGGUUGUGGAAAAGGUUGUUUUGGUAGGGUUGUUGUUGUUGCUUUUGAUUCCCAGUCUUGUGGCGGCGGAAUGCAAGUGCGGCGGCGAUGAAGAGGAUGACGGUGAAGUUCACGACAAGAAGUUAGCGCUCAAGUAUAAACUUGCGGCUAUAGCGUCUAUCUUGGUGGCGAGUGCCAUCGGAGUUUCGUUGCCGGUGGUGGGUCGGAGGAUUCCGGCGCUGAGCCCGGAGGGGAGUUUCUUCUUCAUGGUGAAGGCGUUCGCCGCCGGCGUGAUAUUGGCGACUGGGUUUAUUCACGUGCUCCCUGACGCGUUCGAGAACCUGACGUCGGAUAAGCUCAGCAAGCACCCUUGGCGGGAUUUUCCGUUCUGUGGGUUUGUGGCCAUGGUGGCGGCCAUAGGGACUCUUAUGGUGGACUCGUUUGCGACGUCUUAUUUUUCCGGGAGGUCCGGUGAGAAAGUGACCGCCGGUCAUGAGGCGGGCGAUGCCGAGGUUGGACCGGGAGUGGUUCCGGUUCACACGCAUGCAACGCACGGCCAUGCCCACGGUCAUGUUAGUGUUACGGACACGGAUUCUUCUUCCCAACUUCUUCGACACCGAGUUAUUUCACAGGUCUUGGAGUUGGGAAUUAUAGUUCACUCUGUUAUCAUCGGAAUUGCUUUGGGUGCUUCCGAUACACCCAAAACAAUUAAGCCACUGGUGGCAGCUUUGACUUUCCAUCAAUUCUUUGAGGGCAUGGGGCUGGGUGGGUGCAUAGCCCAGGCAAAGUUCAAGUCUCAGUCAGUGGCAAUUAUGGCGCUGUUUUUCUCCCUCACAACCCCGCUCGGAAUUGUGAUCGGCAUAGGAAUAACAAAUCGAUACGACGAAGAUAGCCCGAAAGUUUUGAUCAUAGAGGGCAUAUUUAACUCUGCUUCGGCCGGAAUCCUGAUCUAUAUGGCUCUGGUAGAUCUGCUCGCCGCCGAUUUCAUGAGCCCAAGAAUGCACAAGAAUCCCAAGCUCCAAUUUGGGGCUAAUACUUCCCUUCUUCUUGGCGCUGGUUUGAUGUCUAUGUUGGCCAAGUGGGCUUGAUAGCCCAUCUUGUUUUUUAAAGUUAUCAUCAAACAUAAUUCUAAAUUAAAGUUAAUGAUAAUGAGUUUUGAUACUAUGUUUAUA